UGACUGCCCAUAUAAAGAGCCAAGAUGGCUGCCAUCAGUAACAUGAAUUCUGUUCCAUUUGUGUUUACCGUCAAAAAAGAAAAGUUCUCAUUGUUUUGAACACAUUUAACGGUUAUAUUAAGGAGUAAGAAGUUUUUCUGAGAGUCGUCACUCCUGCCCGAAAGAUCAGACCACCUCUGCUUUCCUAGAAGGGGCUUUCACAAACUGGAGGAAACUCACAGAGCACUUACAGCUGUUAUGAUCAACAUUUAAAGACGUUGGAGUGAACGGAGCCGCGGGACAGAGAAGUACAAGGACAGGAGACAAUUGUUCCGAGAGGCCACUGUGAUCUGUUUUCUACCCCGGGAGGGAAAAAAGAAGAAGAAGAGGAGGAAGAUCUUGAAGUAAAAGAAGAAAAGAAGCCAACAUGUCCAACACUCUGCUGAGGAGGAACUCCAGCAAACAGGGUUUACAGAACCUGAUGAGGCUGACGGCUCAGAGGAGCAUUGAAGACGCAGAGGAGGUGGAGAGGGAGCGUCGGCGAAGAGCUCGGGAGGCUUCACAAAGAAGAAACAGCGGUUCCACGCCCGGAGAAUGUUCACCAGAAGGUGAAGUGGCCACAGAGGAGAACAUGUACGACAGUGACUUCAAGCCGAGUAUCUCUCCAUCUUUGGAUGAGGACGAAGGCUUCAGCGACUGGACUCAACGCCGAGAGAGACAAAGGCAGCAGCGACUGCAGGAGCUCAGCCACGGAGGCGAUGAAGAUGAUGAGGAAGAGGAAAGCACAAUAAGUAAAGCUGCCCCGGUGAAGACCCUCAGAGCCUCCGUCACAUCCUCCAGUCAAAUCCAGAAACAGGAGCAGGGAGAGAUGAACAGGGCCAGGAUGGAGACGGAGAAGAGAAAUAAAGAAGCGGAGGAGGCUGUUCAAGCUGAAAAGGCAAGACUGGAGAAACAGAAGGAGGACGAGGUGAAAAGGGAGGAGAUGAUAACAAGGAGGAGAGAGGAGGCUCAGAGACCAAAAACAGAAGAAAAAAGGAAAGAAAUUAAAGUCUCCUACACAUCAAAGGUUUUCCUUCACCAGGAACCGAAACUCAUCAACACUGAUGGAGCCGCAGCUACUGAGGAGGUGACGCCUCAUGUCAGCAAGACCAAAAGGUCAACCAGCAAAACCACGGAGCCCGAGGAGGCGGAGGCCAUCCUGGAGACGGAGCAGCGUCUGGAGAAAAUAAGACGGAGCCUUCAGGUGAAGGAGAACCAGGAGCUAGAGCAGCUGAAGCACCGACAGGCCGAGGCCGAGCAGGAGCUAGUAGAGCUGAAGAAGAGGAGAGAGGAGAGACGUAUGGUGCGAGAGGAAGAGGAGCGGCGGAGAGAGGAAGAGGAAAAGCAACGAUUGGCCAAAGAGGAGGAGGAGAGGAGACGGAUGAAGGAGGACAUUGAGAGGAGGAGGAUGGAGGCAGCGGAGAGGAUGAAGAGCCUGAGCACGUCCAGUGUGGACGGAGACGAGACGUUCAGUCCCUUCAGCCCCAAAACUCCCACCCACAAGAUUACAGAGAGGACGGAGUCCCUCAGCCGCUCACUGAAGAAAAGUAACAGCUUUAAGAAGACCCAGCCUCUGGUUCUUACAUCCAAGAUCGACGACAAACUGGAGCAGUACACUCAUGCUGUGGAGAAUUCACAGGAAACCCGGGCAGUAAAGGCAGCAGUGACAGACCUGCCCAGCUCACCUGAAGUUGUUGCCUCCAAGAAGAAUCUGUUUGAGGCUGGAGAGGCCUGGAUCCAGAGUCCCACUAAAGGAGCAACGUGCAAGGAUGCUAAUGGGCUGAAGGUGGGUGUGGCCAACCUCAUCACCCAAUGGGUGAAGGGCCCGUCUGAUGACGGCAGACAGUUGCCGAGCAGAUCUUCCGAUGUGAAGCCUGGUGAUGUGAUGCAGAAGAAAAACAUGUGGGAGAUCAUCGGAGACUCAUCAGGAAGACAAAGCCUGAAAGCCAAUAAGGGAUCACUGGGAAGUAAAAAAUAUAAAUUUGUUGUCACUGGACACGGAAAAUAUGAGAAGAUUCCUGUGGAUGAUGAUGACACUGGAGGGGAAUUCACAAACGGAAAGUCUGAUUUGUGUGACGGUGCCUACUGAAUCGGUUCCUACAGUUCAUCUAAAGGAUCAGCUGGUGACGGAUGUUCAACUAAUGCAGCUCUACAACAGUUACAGUUACAGUAUUUUUGCUUUUAUAUUUAAUAUUGCAAUUUAUCUUUUUAACAGUCUCAGCCGUGCCAUUGAAAAAUCAUCGAAAAAGGUCAUAAAACAUCUGUUCAAUAUCCCACGUUUGUGUACUUUCUCCUGACCUUCUGUUUUUAUCAUGUACAGUAUUCUAUGUAUCUUAUUCUGAGCUUUAUUAUUGUUUUUCUUUUUCGGUAUAGAUAAAGUUUAGAUAAAGGAUUUUAUAUUUUAUGAUCAAGUUCAUAUUUUACAAUCUAGUAUGAAUUUCCACAUCUGUUCUUACACUUACACUAUGGUUACGAAAAACACACGCACUCUUUCACAGAUAAGGGUAGUG